GUAAUGUUUGGUGGAUUCUCCGUCUGUCUAUAAAUAGCAGCUUCAUUCUUCAGAAUAGAAUCGUCCAGGCAGCCAGCCAUAUCGGAGUUCACUGAAUCUAAGGGAUCCAGAUCUGCAAACCCUAUCUCGCGCUAUUCCGAAUGGAGACCUUCUUGUUUACCUCCGAGUCUGUGAACGAAGGUCACCCUGACAAGCUAUGUGACCAGAUCUCCGAUGCAGUCCUCGACGCCUGCCUUGCACAGGACGCCGACAGCAAGGUCGCCUGUGAGACCUGCACCAAAACCAACAUGGUUAUGGUCUUCGGAGAAAUCACCACCAAGGCCAAUGUAGACUACGAGAAGAUCGUUCGUGACACCUGCCGCGAAAUUGGUUUUGUUUCAGAUGAUGUAGGUCUUGACGCUGACAACUGUAAGGUUCUAGUCAACAUUGAACAGCAAAGCCCUGAUAUCGCCCAAGGUGUCCAUGGACAUCUCACCAAACGCCCUGAAGAGAUUGGAGCUGGUGACCAGGGUCACAUGUUCGGUUAUGCAACCGACGAAACCCCUGAACUCAUGCCUCUGAGUCACGUCCUUGCAACCAAGCUUGGAGCCAAGCUGACUGAAGUCAGGAAGAACGGAACGUGCGCAUGGCUGAGACCAGACGGGAAGACACAAGUAACUGUCGAGUACUACAACGAGAACGGUGCAAUGGUCCCAAUUCGUGUCCACACUGUCCUGAUCUCGACCCAGCACGAUGAAACCGUGACCAACGACGAAAUCGCUGCCGACCUCAAAGAACACGUGAUCAAACCGGUCAUCCCUGCCCAAUACCUAGACGAGAAGACAAUCUUCCAUCUCAACCCUUCUGGGCGAUUCGUCAUCGGAGGACCCCACGGAGAUGCGGGUCUCACCGGGCGUAAGAUUAUCAUCGAUACCUACGGAGGUUGGGGUGCCCACGGUGGCGGUGCUUUCUCAGGGAAGGAUCCCACGAAAGUGGACAGGAGUGGGGCUUACAUAGUGAGGCAGGCUGCUAAGAGCAUUGUUGCGAGUGGACUAGCUAGGAGGUGUUUGGUUCAGGUGUCAUAUGCUAUUGGUGUCCCUGAACCCUUGUCGGUUUUUGUUGACAGUUACAAAACUGGAAAGAUUCCGGAUAAGGAGAUUCUUCAACUGGUUAAGGAGAACUUCGAUUUCAGGCCUGGUAUGAUUGCGAUUAACCUUGAUCUUAAGAGGGGAAAUGGGAGGUUCUUGAAGACUGCUGCUUAUGGGCACUUUGGAAGGGAUGAUGCCGACUUUACCUGGGAAGUUGUUAAGCCACUCAAAUGGGAGAAGCCCCAAGCUUAAGAAAGUUCUUCUGCUUCUUGGUAAUGAAUAAUAAUAUCUUCUUACCUGUUUAGUUUGUUUGAUGUUGUUCUGUCAUUUACUAUUGCAUUUUAUUAUUAUUAUUAUUAUUAUUAUUGUUGUUGUAUUGGUUCACCCUCCAGAUAGAUUAUAAGAGAUUUUGUUCUAUUUCUGGAGAAACUGGAGGGAUCUCUAAUACACUUUUGUUAUAUGAAUUGGAAUGUAGUUUCUUC